UUCGAUUAUUAAUAAAAAGGAAAUGAUACAAUAUUUUGAACGAAGAUAAAAGUAUUGUUUUGAAUCUCGUAUCAAAACAGCUCAAUGACAUUAGACAUUGACAUUUUCAGUUUUUUAAAUCCAAAUUCGACAGGAAUUGCAAAGCAAGUUGAGGAUAACUACUGCAUUCACUUUUGCUCAUGUACUUUUUAGUGUAUUGUAAAGUUUCUAGUUCUCGGGCUACCUAUAGUUGUUAGGUUCGUCAAAUUUCUUAAAAAUGACAACAGAUUCUGGCCAAGGUUCUCUUUUGGGUAGGUUCACAAUACAAAACCAAUAUAGCAACAUUUCAGAUUUUCAAUUUGACAUUGACAAACAGCUGAUCAUUUUGUUGACAACUUACCGUAUAAAUAUAAAAAAAUAGUAUUAAAUAAAAAAUAGAAAGAAAAUGUCUUUUAUAACAAGAAAAACAUUCAGAUUAUUACAACUGCGAAACUUAACUUAUAGUGCAUGUAAAAUAAGACAGUAUAGUACAAAAACGAAAGCGACAUUCAGUGAAGAAGAAUCCGAUAAAAGUAAACAAACUCAUUUUGGUUUCAAAACAGUUAAUGAGGAAGAGAAAUGGAAAAAAGUGCACGAAGUAUUUGAAACAGUUGCUGAAAAGUAUGAUGUUAUGAAUGAUGCAAUGUCUCUUGGCAUACAUAGAAUUUGGAAGGAUAUUUUCAUUCAUAGAUUAGCACCCACACAUGGGACAAAACUCCUAGAUGUUGCCGGUGGAACUGGGGACAUUUCAUUUAGGUAUAUAGAUUAUUUAAAAAAUUUAGGUCCAGCACCUGAAAAUAAGCAAAGCUCUGUCACUGUUAGUGAUAUUAACCAAGCUAUGCUUGAUGUUGGAAAACUUCGAGCACAAAGACAAGGAUAUACAAAAGAAUUGAGCGGUGUUGAUGUUCAAUGGUUGUGUAGUGAUGCAGAAAAACUGUCCUUACCGGAUGAGAGCUUCACAGCAUAUACUAUCGCAUUUGGUAUAAGAAACUGCACACAUAUUGAUAAGGUAUUAGAAGAGGCUUACCGCGUACUAGCUCCGGGCGGUCGUUUUAUGUGCCUAGAAUUCAGUCAGCUACCUAAUUCUGGAAUGCAAUGGUUAUAUGACCAGUAUUCUUUUCAAGUAAUACCAGUAUUAGGACAGCUCAUAGCCGGCCAAUGGAAGCCAUACCAAUAUUUAGUGGAAAGUAUCAGACAAUUUCCAGAUCAAGAGAAGUUUAAAGGAAUGAUAGAGGACGCGGGAUUUAGGCAGGUGACUUACGAGAAUUUAACAUUCGGCGUCGUCGCGAUUCAUUCAGGUUUUAAGAUAUAGUUAUUAAAGAUAAUAAUUUAUUAAAAUUAGUUAAUUUAUUUAGAAAUUUCAACAAAUAAAUUUAAGUCAAUACGACUACUAAUUUAAUCCAUUAAUACAACAGAUUCAAAGAUCAACUA